UGGCUGCUCACACCUGCACCCCGCCCCAACUCAGCACCAUGCCUGUCUGCCACCUCCGUCCUCUCGCCGCCCUCCUCCUUGGCCUGCUGCUGCUCGGCCUCCCCGCGGUCACAGGCACAGGCGCAGAGAAAAGGGGCGUGUGCCCCGAGCUAGAGGCGGACCCCAGCUGUAAGCAGGAGUGCCUCUCGGAUGGAGAAUGCGCUGACAACCUCAAGUGCUGCCGGGCCGGCUGCUCCAGCGUCUGCCACCUGCCCAAUGAAAAGCAAGGCUCCUGCCCACAGGUGGACUCUGACUUCCCCCAGCUCGGCCUCUGCCUAGACCAGUGCCAGGUGGACAGCCAGUGUCCUGACAAGAUGAAAUGCUGCCACAAUGGUUGUGGGAAGGUGUCCUGCGUCACACCCAUCCUCUGAGCUCCAGCCACCACAGCCUGAGGAGUGAGGGAGUGGAAGUUUCUGCCUGGCCCUGUCUGGCUCCAGCCCAGCUGCCCUCCCCUCUUUCUGGCCUCUGCCCGCCCUCCUGAGCUGACCACAGCUGCUUCCUUUUCCAACCAAUAAAGUGACCGCUUCCAGCACUGGUGU